AUGAGCGCUUCCUCCAGUGUCGCUCGCAGGGCGGUUGCCCGGAACCCUUUGAUGGGCAAUGCUCGAGCUCUCUCACGGGGUGUUACUCCUGCCCUCCUCGGUCGCCACGUCAGUCGUAACGUCAAAGUCCCGGCCAUUGCUCUGUUGAUCCCUCGAUCGAUGAGUACCGAUCAUCACCGACACGACCCCAGUUCUUCUGGCCCGCCCCCGGGAUUCAAUGCCGAGCAGGCUAAGAAGCCGCUUCCCAAGGAUUCCACAGGCUCUGUUGUUGCAAAGAAGGAGGAUAAGAAGCUUGAUCCGAACACCAAGGAUGCUGCUGUGUUGAAGCCCGCCGAUGCCUCCGCCGCAGCCAAGGCUGAUACAGAAGUUGUUGCCACCAAGGAGGGUGUGAUGGAGAAGGGCGAUGCUGCUCAAAAAGCCAAGGAGGAGAAGAAACUUACUCUCUGGGAGAAGGUCAAGAAGGAGGCUCACCACUAUUGGGAUGGAUCUAAGCUGCUCGCCGCUGAGGUCAAGAUCAGCUGGCGAUUGGCCCUCAAGAUGGCUGCCGGAUACGAGCUCACCCGACGUGAGAACAAGCAACUUCAGAGAACAGUCCAGGAUCUUGGUCGUUUAGUGCCCUUCUCCGUCUUCAUCAUCGUUCCUCUGGGUGAGGCACUUCUGCCUCUUGCCCUCAAGCUCUUCCCCAACAUGCUCCCCAGCACAUUCGAGGGACAAAAGUCAAAGGAGGCCAAGGCCACACUCCUCCGAUCCACACGCAAGGAAGUCAGCCAAUUCUUAAGACAAACGCUCGGCGAGUCUGGCUUGCCAGUGAGUCAAGCAACAACACAAAAGGAAGAGUUCUCCAACUUCUUCCGCAAAGUUCGCGCCACUGGCGAAACACCCACAGCCGAGGAUGUUAUCAAGGUCUGCAAGGUCUUCCGCGAUGAUUUGACCCUCGACAACCUGUCACGACCUCAGCUCGUUUCUAUGUGCAAGUACAUGAACCUCAACACGUUCGGUACCGACAUGAUGCUCCGAUAUCAGAUUCGCCACCGUAUGCGACAGAUCAAGCGCGAUGACAAGGCCAUCAGCUACGAGGGUGUUGACAGUCUGACUGUUGCUGAACUCCAGGCUGCUUGUGCUGCUCGUGGUAUCCGAACACACAGUGUCUCCCCUGCUCGCAUGCGUGCGGAUCUUCAGACUUGGCUCGAUCUCCGACUCAAGGAGGGUGUUCCCUCAACACUUCUCGUCCUGAGCAAUGCCUAUAUGUACGGACAGGGCUCAGGCGAGGGUUACAACCAGGUCGAGGCUCUCAUCGGUGUCAUGUCCGCCAUCCCCGAGGAGCUGUACCACGAGAUUGAGCUUGAGGUGCACAGUGCUGAGGGUGCUGCCACUAACAAGCAGCGACUCGAGGUCAUCAAGGAGCAGCAGGAUCUCAUCGAGGAUGAGGCAGAGCAGGACCAGGCUAGUCAAAGCUCUGGCUUCGCCACUCCCCGAGACACGGAUGAUAUCGAUGAGAAGGAGGAGAGACUCGCUCAGGCUCAAGCUGAGGGUCUCGGCAAGAAGCAAGUUAGCGAGAUGGUUGAUGCUGAGAUGGAGUUGGCCAAGGCCGCUGAGUCUGCUGCAUCGCUAGAGCGGGAGAUCAACGCCAGCUCUGGAUCGUCCAAGGAGCAGAAGUAG